AUGUUCCUGGAAUUUUCACCGCCAUUUUGGAACGCUUUCACCCGCCAAUUCGAGUAUAACCCCAGCACAAUGAAGCUGGAAUGGGCGGAAAGCGAGUCCGACUUUGGUCUGGAGGAAGCCGCGUUCUACGAAGGACCGACGCCCACUGCGGCCCCCAUGAGGAAGAAGGUCUCCUUCAGCUUGAGGCUCGACUUGUGCGAUGAAGGCGGCGGCGCGCCUGAAGGCAUCAAGAGCGAGCCCCCCGAAGCAGAGGAGCCCCGUGCCAUGCAGAAGGUCCCUUCCCUCUCAGACCUCUCGGAUCCAGAAGCCUCCUUGGACGGCUGCGACAGGGGCGUGACG